UCUCUCUCUGUCAUUCUCGUAUGGAGGAGGUGCGCAAGAGGCAAGCAGACGAAGCGGCGGACGGCGGCGAGGAAGGCUCCCCCGUGAAGAAGCCAAAGACGACCGAAACGCGAGCGGGGCCCGACAGCGCCGACGACGACGACGACGACGACGACUGCAUAUCGGCGUGGCUGACGCUCGACGACGACGCGGUCUCCGAGCUCCUGGACCUCCUCGAACCCGCCGGGUCGUCGCCCUCCUCCUCCUCCUCGUCGGCCGCGGCGGCGGGGGGCGCCGCCUUCAACUUCAAGGUGAAGUUCAUCGACGACCCCUACGCGUCGCAGCUGGUAUUCCAGGCGUCGUCGUCGUUCGUGACCAUCAACGGCAACGAGGAGAGCUGCGGGUCCUCCUUCUCGGAGUCGGAGACCACGGUGAUGGCCAGCAUCGACACGCGCGGCAUCGGCGCGCUCCGGGGCGCGGGGGACGAAGCCGGUCGCGGCCGGCGGGUGGCCGAGUGGGGAGGCGCGUGGGGCGCGGGGUCCGGGGAGGCGCGUGGGUGCGGGAUGGAAGGGUGCGACUGCGGGUUUGGUGCGGAUGAUGAUGUCGUUGCAGGGUUUCUGGGUGAGCAGGGUGGGGAGGAGGAGGAGGAGGAGAUGCUUUUGACUGGACUGAAGUGAAAUGCAGAAUGCAGGUGAUGAUGGGACACUAGGGUUAGGCUCUUUGGGGUUUUUUGGGGUGGGGCUGCUUCUGCUUCUGCUUCUGCUUCUUCUUUAGGGUUCUCUAGGGUUCUAAUACUGUGAAUAGAAGGAAGAUGGUAUAGAAAAAAAUAGAGAAUACAGGGGAAAGUGGGAGGUAAGGAGUAGACUUUUUUUUUUUUUUUUGGGUUCCUUCUUGGGAAAUGGUGGGAUUUGCAGGUAGAGAGAGAAAGUGAUGGAGAGAGAGAGAGACUUUUCUUUCCUUUCCUUUACUUUCCUUUUUGUUUUAUGGGGGGAAAAAGGUGGACAGAAAUGGG